UUAUAUGAAAAAAAGGAACUGGGUUAUGGCUUAAUCGUCCAUUGAUAAUCACAGGGAUAAGAAACCAUCGAAAGGAGAAGAAGAAGAAGAGGAAGAGAGAGAUGGGGAAGCAACCAGUGAGAAUGAAGGCGGUGGUAUACGCUCUUUCACCAUUCCAGCAGAAGACAAUGACAGGUCUUUGGAAGGAUCUGCCCACCAAGAUUCACCACAAGGUCUCCGAGAACUGGAUCAGCGCCACCCUCCUUCUCAGCCCUCUUGUCGGCACCUACACUUAUGUGCAACGCUAUAAGGAAAAGGAGAAGUUGGAGCACAGGUACUGAUGCCAUGCAUAUGGUCAAAAGACAGCUUACCUUUUUGCAGAAGACUUGAUAUUUUUCUUGUUUUACUAGAAAAUAAGCUGAAUGUUUGGCUGUUAGCUGCAGUUGCAGUUAUCAAAACUUAGCAAGCUUUUGUUUUUGAAUCAUUCAAUUUUUCUCGACAUGUCAGAAUUGGUAAAUGUUGAACAAAUUUUGUUGUUAAACUCUUGCCCAUGAUUUAAUGCCUGUCAUUCCAUUAUGGCUCAAUUAUAGAAUUAGGAAGAAUUCGUUAA